CCAUCAAAAUGAGAACAAGGACGCUUUCGUUGUCUUUUGCAAUUCUGAUAGCAAUAUUGGAGAACACAUAUGGCGCAGAGUGGAUGAAACUCAAACAGUACUCAGGCAAUGAACCAGGUGGAGAUUUCCAAAGUAGUCGAUUGGAUUCUCCGCAUGAACGCUGGCAUGUUUUUGCCGACAAAAUCCUGACGAAGACGAACUCACAAAGAAACGAUUUAGGAUCACCAAAACAGCAUCCCUGCGUGAGGCAUUUUUCACGAGUCUAUAUUGAAGGCAAAUUGAUCAAGGAGGCGCAAUGUUACGGUCACUCCAUGCUUGGAUGCAGCGGCACACAUCCCGUGUAUCAUAAGUGUGAGCCGAAGUAUCAGUAUUACAAUGAUCUGAAAAAGGUGUUUAUAACCGAUUGUAAGUGCAAGUCAAAACAGAAACAGAAAAAGUAGUUUUCUUUCAAAAGACUAGAUUCUUCUCAAAAAACGAGGAUAAGUAACUCCGAUGUAACAUGAAAUAAAAACCACUUGUAAUAUGGAA